AUGUUUGUCGUCGUUCCGAUCAAUGACCUCGUCGUCAUUAAACCCAAAAAGUUCGGUAUGCAUAUCGAGGAUGUAAUCGCUCAUGAAUUGAAUUCGCGCUUCUCAAAUAAGGUUUUGCAGAAGGUCGGUCUCUGUAUCUCACUUUGGGAUAUCACUCAUGUUGGCGAUAAAUUCAUUUCUCAUGACGACGGUUCGUAUCAGGUUGCUGGUAGUGUUGUUGAAUUCCACCAUAAUGUCUGUCUAGUGUCUUUCCGUUUUAUUUGUUUCCGGCCUUCAAUCGACGAGAUCAUUGUUGGGACCGUGAAAAGUUGCACUCGAGAUGGUCUUCAUAUUUCUUUGUACUUUUUUGAUGACAUUUUUAUUCCAGCCGACAAACUAAGGCACCCAUCGAAGUUUGAUUUUGAACAACAAUCGUGGAUUUGGCAAUACGAAGAUGAUAGAGGUUCGGCAGAUCUAAGAAUUGAAAAAAACGAUGUGAUAAGGUUUGUGGAAUAA